GGAUCCUGUUUGAAAAUAAACGAACAGCCUUCCAGACUCUAGACAACGUAUUAAAGUCCUGGACUAUCCUACAUUUCUUUCAGCCCCCAAUCGGCGGGCUACGCCGAAAGAGACCUCGCCGACUGCAUCAGAUGCUGCCGUCCCGAUACCCGAAACGGAAGUCCGAUAUCUUCACCUCCCAAUUCAACCCGUAAACAUGCAAUGCAGGUAAAUGAGCGGUAAUCAUAUAUUUUCACUGGCGCAAUUCAGCUUGGAUGGUGUUAUGGUAGGAUUACAAUGUUGAACACGACAAUUGAGCAGCUUGCGCCUUUCGAGGCAGUCAUCGGGCCUAGGCUGGACAAAUACAAUGACCUACAAGGAAGAAUCACUCUUCUGGCCGUCACUUUCUUUACGGUGUAUGUCGCCAACUGGUUGCGCGUCUUCAUAUUCGAUGUCAAGGCCCCUAUAGUGGGAUACCGGUCUUUCUUGGAGCCAGGAUGGCUCGUCGGUUUACGUUUUUCGCGCCGCAGUGGGCCUAUGGUACGAGAGGGAUAUCACAAAUUCAAGGACGGCUUAUUCAAGAUUCGCCGCAACGACGCCGAGAUCCUUGUCAUCCCGCGAAAGUACAUCGAUGAACUGCGCGAUAUGUCACAAGACAAGAUCAGUGCCAUGGCAGCGCACAUCAAAAACCUCGUUGGUCGCUAUACGAUCGGAAACGUCAAGCUGGUUAUGGAGAGCGAUCUCCACCGACGCACACUGCAGCAAAAGCUGACACCGUCCCUGGGUGUUCUCAUCCCGUCUCUCAAGGACGAGCUCAAGUUUGCCUUGAAGACAGAGAUGCCAGAGUGCAAUACCUGGACAAGCGUGCGCAUCCACGAGCUGGCUGUGAAAGUCGUAGCCAGGAUCUCGGCGCGCGUGUUUGUAGGCGCUGAGCUCUGUCGCAAUGACGAAUGGCUCUAUCUCAGCAUCCACUUUACGAAGAAUCUCGGGAUGACGAGGAAUCUGCUUCGUUUGUUCCCUGCCAUUGUUCGGCCGAUUGCUGCGCGGUUCAUGUCGUCGUAUUGGCGCAUCUAUUCGAACUUGGCCGCGGCGCAGAAACUCAUCUGUCCCAUCAUCGAGGAGCGUCGUGCUGCGGCCAGUAACCCAGACUAUAAGAAGCCAAACGACUUUCUGCAGUGGAUGAUUGACAAUGCACGCCCUGAGGAGGGACACCCAAAUGACCUUGCGCAUCGACAGCUCCUGGUUAGUCUGGCGUCGAUACACACUACCUCGAUGCAGACCACCCAUUUCAUAUAUGACCUCUGCACGUACCCGGAAUACUACGAGCCCCUUCGCCAGGAGAUUAUCUCUGUCCUCCGCGAAGACGGCGGCUUCAAGAAGACAACCUUGAACAAGAUGCGCAAGAUGGACAGUUUUCUCAAGGAGUCGCAGCGCCUCAACCCCCCUCUUGUUUUAUCCUUCCAACGCGUCGUCCAAAAAGCCCUGACCCUCAAAGACGGCACCAAAUUCCCAGCAGGAACCCACAUCGCCAUCGCCUCAGAUGCCAUAGCCCACGACGCCGCCUGUCUCCCUGGCGGCGGCGACCCAGAAACAUUCGACCCCUUUCGCUACUCACGACUGCGCGAAGACCCAUCCAAGCCCGAGAACAUCAACCGGUACCAAUUCGCGACGACGGACUCGUCGAACCUGCAUUUCGGGCACGGGAUCUAUGCCUGCCCGGGUCGCUUCUUUGCGAGUAAUGAGAUUAAGCUGAUUCUAGCGCAUUUGCUGCUCCGCUAUGAGUUUAGGUUUCCCGAGGGGAAGAAGAGACCCGUCAAUUUGUGUUAUGAGGAGGCGCAGUAUCCGGAUCCUACGGCGGCGCUGGAGAUGAGGGUUAGGGAGAUUCCGGAGAGGGAUGUUGCUGCUAUGCUUGGGUUCUGA